AAAAUAUAAAUGAAAAUUAUUAUAAUCAACCCUAAUAACCCAUAGAUCCCAAAGUCACUUCCGCUUUUGGAAAACAUGGCGUAUGUUAUUCCAAUCCCUUUCUAGAAUCUCUAGUCUUUCUACUCAGCCAGGCAUUUAGCUUGGUAGCCAAUACAUAAGCAGGGAUUGUCAAAGUCAAUUGAAUCAACGUUAAUCAGGUGGUUUGGGUAUUCGGUUGAUACUAAAACCUGAUAACGUUGAGAGUGAAGUGUUGCAAACUUUCUCUAUCGGGGAUACUUAUAAAAGUAGCAUUGACAACUCAUUAAUGACAAAUUAAAAAUGUAUUUGUCAAAGCUGAGUCUCUGUAUAAUUUUUGUUUUGUUCUGUUCGCUUGAGUCGAAGGCAAACUUACACGACGACGUACUUUUAACCAAAUUCAGCUCUAAAGCAGGACCAACAUUAAAGUUUUUUUACUGUUACUCCUGUGGCUAUAGGAAAGUCUUUGAGGAUUAUGUAAACAUUUUGCGACAAAGAUAUCCUGAAUUGCAAAUCGAUGGAGAAAACUAUAAUCCUCCAGGAGCUAAUAUGAUAAUUGCUAAAGGCUUAGGCAUAGCUAAGAUUCUAGUCAUAAUUUUAAUAUUCAGUAAAAUAAAUAUAUUUCAAUGGAUUGGACAACCUCAACCCUUCUGGUGGCAAUGGUGCAUGGACAACCGUUUAUAUUCAUGCAUAAUGUUAUAUUUUGCAUGCAAUGCGACAGAGGGAUACUUGAAAUCAUCCGGUGCAUUUGAGAUAAAUUUCAAUGAUGUUCCCAUAUGGUCCAAAAUCGAUACUGGAAGAAUACCACAGCCUCAUGAACUAUAUCAAAUCAUCGAUACUCACAUGCAUAUGUUAUACCCAGAUGUUAAUAUAGACAAAAUAGGUCGUAAUAAGUAAAUUGUAAAAAUAAUUUUUUCAAUUUCAAGCAAGCAAAAUUUAAUAUUAUUUGUGUAAGAAUGAAAACUGUAAAAUAACUUUGCAUAAGCAAAUUCUUUGGUCAUGUUAAUGAACUCACAUUAAACCACCAAUUUCAACAUUUGUGUAACUAUACUAUCCAAUAAGUGAAUUAUUUAAGUAAAUUUGAAUGCAUAUAUUGGUCUUCUUGAUCAGUGAUAUAUCUGAAAAUAUGUGGUUUUUCAAAGUUCAACUUUUUUAUAUUUUAGAAUUGUAGAAUAUGUAUAUUAAAUGAAUUUAUUAUGUUUAUGUAAAUAACGUGCAAUACAUGAAAGAAUAUGUAA